UGCAUUUGUGAACUCAUGAACUGGGCGACAUGGUGGAAAUGGAGGGCCUUGGCCUUGGCCAUGGCUAUAGCGGUGUCUUUUCAGAUGGGUGUUUGCCUGGACGCUCAUUCUCUUUCUUCGCUUGGGGAUGUAAUUCUCAGGCUUCCUGGCCAGCCCCAAGUUCGCUUUCAGCAGUUCUCAGGAUACGUUGAAGUUGACGAUAAGAAUGAGAAGGCUCUGUUCUACUAUUUUGUUGAAUCGGACACUGAUCCUGCUUCGAAGCCUUUGGUUCUCUGGCUCAAUGGAGGGCCUGGUUGUUCUUCCUUGGGAGUAGGUGCGUUCUCUGAAAAUGGGCCUUUCAGACCAAAUGGGAAAGUUCUAAUUGAAAACAAGUAUAGUUGGAACAAAGAAGCAAACGUGCUGUAUUUGGAGACACCCGUUGGGGUGGGGUUUUCUUAUGCGAAAGGAAGUUCCUCCCAUUUGACAGUAAACGACGAGGCAACAGCCAGGGAUAACCUUAUGUUCCUGAUACGCUGGUUCUCCAAAUUCCCCCAGUAUAGGCACAGAGACUUGUUUCUGACUGGGGAAAGCUAUGCAGGGCAUUAUGCUCCUCAACUUGCAAAGCUCAUGAUUGAGAUGAACAAAAAGGAGAAGAUAUUCAAUCUUAAAGGCAUAGCUUUGGGUAAUCCACUUCUAGAAUAUGCCACGGACUUCAAUUCAAGGGCUGGGUUCUUCUGGUCUCAUGGAUUGAUAUCAGAUUCAACGUACAAAAUGUUCACUAAAGUGUGUAAUUAUUCUCGGUACGUUAGUGAAUACUAUAGAGACUCAGUUUCGCCUCUUUGUUCAAAGGUUAUGCACCAAGUAGCCAGAGAAACCAGUAAAUUUGUGGACAAGUACGAUGUUACCCUUGAUGUUUGCAUUUCAUCAGUGCUUUCACAGUCCAAAGUUAUUUGUCCUCAAACUGAACAAGCAAACGAGAUGGUAGAUGUAUGCGUAGAUGACAAAGUUACAAAUUAUUUAAACCAAAAAGAUGUACGUGGGGCUCUCCAUGCCAGGCUUGUUGGAGUUCGCAAGUGGGAUGUCUGCAGCAAUAUUCUGGACUACGAUAUGCUCAACCUGGAAGUUCCUACACUUCCUCUUGUUGGAUCACUAAUAAAAGCCCGAGUUCAGGUCUUAAUUUACAGUGGAGAUCAAGAUUCUGUUCUUCCUCUGACUGGUAGCCGCACCUUGGUUCAAAAGCUGGCCAGGAAAUUAGAACUGAACACAACAGUUCCUUACAGAGUAUGGUUUGCGGGCCAGCAGGUUGGUGGGUGGACUCAAGUUUAUGGUAAUAUCCUCUCAUUUGCCACCGUGAGAGGAGCAUCCCAUGAAGUUCCUUUCUCACAACCUGAGAGAUCCCUUGUGCUCUUCAAGUCAUUUUUGCAAGGCAGGCCUCUACCUGACAGAAUCUUGACACAAAGUUAGAGAGUCUUUUUGAUUUAGUUGAAAUUGACCCGGGGAUCAACUUCUCCCGACAUUAACAUAAAGGUCCGAAGAUUAAGUGACUAGGCACAUCAAAACCAAAGUGGAUUUCUCCCCGCCUAAAAAGUGAUUGACUUUUAUGGAAAAGACCAAUUGACUUGAACCAGACAUCAGUUACCAGUUAAACCAGUCUAACAGAGAAACUAAAAAGAUUCCUUUUAGAAGGAAACUGUCGCUUGGGAUCAGUGAUCAAUCAGUCGAUAGAUGAACUCAUCGUUCAAUAGAUAAUUGAAGCCAAUCGAUUGAUAUCUGACACUUACAAAACAAGUUUGCUUUAAUCCUUGAAUAUGGAAUCCGAAAUUGUAAAGGCAUUGCCUGUGAUUUGUUGAAGAGAAAACCCUUUUUUUCUCUGAUUUGCUUUGGGCUAUAUCAGAAGGUUU